AUGCCCCUCGUCCUUGAGCUACAGUGCGACAUCCCUUACGAGUUCUACCCUGGAAGAUGCGACGGCUUCGAGGAAUACAUGACCCUCAAGGAACAAAUCUGCUACGAUUACCGCCACCCGCCUGACUUCAAGCGGUUGUAUGCAGAGGGCCAGUGUUCCGUUAGGGAGAACUUCCCGGGCCGCCUGAAGUAUGGUCUGCGCGUUGAUGACGGCCCACUCAUGCUAGAGCACUGCCUGAGAACGAUUUCCGUAUGCAAUCCUCUCAUCACAAUAGACGACUGGUACAACCCGCUGUCUGUUUCUAAAAGACUCGCCGGGGUCUAUUCGCAGGCGGACGAAGAACGGGCCAACUUUCGACUUCCAGAGAUCCGGGACCUCACGUCACGACUCCGCCUGCAAGGACUCGCCUGCUACGCGUACCUCAACUUCUACGCGUGCUGGGUAGACGAGAAGAGAACCAUGAGCUGCAAGAGCCUCGUCCGAGUCGACGGCCGCAGCGCGAUGUAUGACGCGUGCUCCGCUGCCAACGUCUGCGUCGGACUCGGCUUCGUGCCGCCCGUCGCUCUCCGCAUCGCGGGCUGGGUGGCGACUACUAAGGCGCGCUUCGGCGUCGACGUGCGCGGUACGGACAAGUUCAGAGAGCUGCGCUUCCUCUGGUCCGCGCACGCGAACUACCUCUCUCGUCUCCAGCUCAAAGAGGACGCGCGGCUAAGGAAGGUGGCGAAGGCGCCUUACCUCUAUCGGUGCGCCAACGACGGCUGCGAGAUUCAAGCGACUAACAGGAGCGCAUUGCGGCGAUGCGGCGGCGGCUGUCCGCCUGAGCGAAAACCCCAUUACUGCAGUGAGUCCUGUCAGCGUCAGCAUUGGACAAUCCACCGCGAGUUCUGCAAGUCCGACACCACAAACAACUACACAGACAUCGUUGCCGACGACGGCAACCCCGACUGGGUUGAUAUAGACGACUUUAAGAUCCAUAUCGACGAGAAGCCGCCCUGGAAGCGCGAGUGGCCUCUCUUUUCCGACUACGAGGGGUUAGAGAUCUUCAUCGACAUCCGGAACGACAGUCCGUUCCGGAAGGGCGAGAUCGUACGCCUCAAGACGCGGACACUGAGCCCCGAGUGCUUGAAGGCGUACCGCAGCGUGUGGACGCCGGUCAGGAACUCCGCGAAGUCGAAGAUGAGGAAGCACGUUGAGAAAUUGAUGACCGAACCCCCGGCGAACAUGGGAUACCCUCAGCGGGACACGCAGCUGUCCGGUUUGGAGAGUGCAGGACGGUCUUGUGAGGAGGCGGCGAUCUUCAUUGUCGACCCCAUUACGAAAUUAGAUACCCCAGUGGACGAUCCCAACUGGGAGUCUACGUACCCAGAUUGGCCCGAGCCGCUCAAGGCUCACGCUCACUCUGUCGCCGCAUACGCCUACUACAGGAAGUACAUCGCUGGACAGGAGAAGCUCCGGGAGAUCGCGCGCGACGCGCAGUACUUCCCGCGGCCAGGCAUUCCCCCCGCGGACGAUACUGUCGAGAACAUCUUCAUGGCGGCCAAACACGCGACGUACGCAGCAACGGGGAACUUCCUCAGCCCCGCGGUUCUUCUAGCAGGAUUUGCGCUCCGGGCGCUGGUCGAACAGCUUCAGAUAGAUAUGGCGCUGCUUAAGGAGUAUCGCCCGUUGUGGCGCGCCCUUGAGCGCUGCCGGAAGGAAUGGAGCGCGGUGGGAUCGCCGGUAUUCCGGAUGAAGUCUGUCACCUGCGCAGUCGACAAAUAUCUCCAGAUACGCCAUAUCUGCUUUGACCACCAUCUUGCGAGACGGGAAAAGUGGGACAUGGCGCCGUCUCCAUAUACCCAGUUCGUUCCUGCUCGUAAGUACCUGGAGAGACUUGAGCGAGAGGCGUCGCAAGAAGACAAGCAGGCUCCGCUGAAUAUAGAGCAAGCUUUGCGGUACCUAUCCGGUGUUGCGGUCCUCGGUAGGUCGGUCGAGGAGCAUGCGCUUUUCCUCCUCGAACCCGUCUUCAACUCGACAUGCCCUUCCCACAUUGACCCGGGAACGUUCGAUACGAUCCUGCUCAAAGCGCACUCGCUCGCAGCGUACGUGCAUUACAGAAGAUAUCUCGCGAGUCCGGAGGCCAUUCCUAUCGACUCGGACCCCUUCGGUGAAAUUCUGCGCGCCGCAGAGCUUGCAAACUAUGCGGCACGCAAGGGCUUUGUGAGCUCUGCGGUGGUACUCGCUGGAUUCGCCUUCUACUGCCUUCUCAAACAACUAGAGUUCGAGUUGGAAGAUAUCUCUCGCUUCCGGCCGCUUUGGGGAGCCCUGGAGGAGUACAUGAAGACGUGCGAGCUUAUGCGGCUUUCCUCUCCCCACCACCCUCAGGUCCCAGGUAUCUGCGCCGCUCGUCACUGUGGGGAGAAGACUUUGUCCUCCUCCUCGUCGAAUGUCAGGACCAGGGUUGGCUCCAGCACCAACGAGGUGUGA